AUGGAGGGCGAGGCUUGCACAUGUGCUUUCAAAAAAAGCCAAAUAGCGAACAGUACAGUCUCAGAGAAAUCAUCCGAAGAUAAUAAAUCUAGUGGACUACUACAACCACCGGACUCUUGCCACGAAGACCCAACCGUAGUUAAGAACCAAUUGCAAUAUCUACCCGGUAGCAGUGGCUACUCUCAAGAAAUUGGACUGGUUGGAGUUAGGGAUCUUGCUUCUACGGGGAGUUUCAGUAGUCCAGAAGGUUGGGGUUCUACACCGGUACCUGUAAUAAAAUCUCCUACAGUACCGUCGACUGCCAUUUCAGUCGAAGGAACGGAUUGGGAAUCCCCCUGGGAGGCGUACCCGAGCAUCGAGCCCUCAUACGGUGGCACGAUGCCAGAGGAUCAACUAUCUUUAGAGCUAUCGACUCUGAUGGACGCCUUUAUCGAAGAGUCAGCAAUGGAAGGAGGAACAAAUAUUCACCAGGAUGGGAGACUAGAAAGGCUAAAUCUAGAUCUUCCUUAA